UCUGCGAGUGCGACCGCAGUAGCAUGGAGGGUCCCCCGGAGGGGAAGGCGCCCGCGGCGGCGCUGGCCGCUGUGCUGAAGCACAGCUCGGCGUUGCCGUCCGAGAGCGCCCAGGUCCGGGGCUACGACUUCAACCGCGGCGUGGACUACCGCGCGCUGCUGCAGGCCUUCGGCACCACUGGCUUCCAGGCCACCAACUUCGGGCGCGCAGUGCAGCAAGUCAACGCCAUGAUAGAGAAGAAGCUGGAGCCGCUGUCACAGGAUGAGGACCAGCAUGCAGACCUGACCCAGAGCCGCCGCCCACUCACCGGCUGCACCAUUUUCCUGGGCUACACGUCUAACCUCAUCAGUUCUGGCAUCCGUGAGACCAUCCGUUACCUCGUGCAGCACAACAUGGUGGACGUCUUAGUGACCACGGCCGGGGGCAUCGAGGAGGAUCUCAUCAAGUGUCUGGCGCCCACGUACCUGGGCGAGUUCAGCCUCAGGGGGAAGGAGCUACGUGAGAACGGGAUCAACAGGAUCGGAAACCUGCUGGUGCCCAAUGACAAUUACUGCAAGUUUGAGGACUGGCUGAUGCCCAUUCUGGACCAGAUGGUGCUGGAGCAGAACACAGAGGGCGUGAAGUGGACGCCUUCCAAGAUGAUUGCCCGGCUCGGCAAGGAGAUCAACAACCCAGAAUCAGUGUAUUACUGGGCCCAAAAGAACCACAUCCCCGUGUUGAGCCCAGCACUCACAGAUGGCUCCCUGGGCGACAUGAUCUUCUUCCAUUCCUACAAGAACCCAGGCUUGGUCCUGGACAUCGUUGAGGACCUGCGGCUCAUCAACACACAGGCCAUCUUUGCCAAGCGCUCUGGCAUGAUCAUCCUGGGUGGGGGCGUGGUCAAGCACCACAUCGCCAACGCCAACCUCAUGCGGAAUGGGGCCGACUACGCUGUCUACAUCAACACGGCCCAGGAGUUUGAUGGUUCUGACUCAGGUGCCCGGCCGGACGAAGCGGUCUCCUGGGGCAAGAUCCGGGUGGACGCACAGCCCGUCAAGGUCUAUGCCGAUGCCUCCCUGGUCUUUCCCCUGCUCGUGGCUGAGACCUUUGCCCAGAAGGCAGAUGCCUUCAUGCCUGAGAAGAACGAGGACUGAAUGGUUGCUGUGCCAGGGAGGCCCCCCCAGUCUAUUUAUUAGUUUGUAGCCCCAGCCCCUCCCCCAUUCCUUGGUCCGAAGUGUCUAGAAUAAAUGGGCUCAGCGGUU